CAACAAUCAAGUGGCCUUAAUACAAAUCAAAUGGUUUGCGCGCGCGCGUUGCUUGAUCCCGUUGGAGUUACAUCUAUGGCUUCAGACAAAAAUGUAGAGCAAGGGGAUCAAAUCAUUGUUUCGGAAUUUUGCCAUUUAUUGGAGAAGUCUAAACAAUUAUUCAACGGACUGCGUGACUUGCCUCAACAUGGUCAUAGACAGUGGAAAGUUUAUUUUGGCCGUACGUUCGAUGUGUACACCAAGUUAUGGAAGUUUCAACAACAACAUAGACAAAAAUUAGACGAACUGUAUGGACUCAAACGAUGGCAAAUCGGUGAAGUUGCCUCAAAAAUUGGCCAGUUAUACCACCAUUAUUAUUUACGCACUAGUGACCUUCACUACCUAAAUGAAUCGUUCGCUUUCUUCUCAGCAAUUCGAACUCGGGAUUAUUACUCCAAAGCCAAUAAAGAGGAGAAACCUGAUCUGAUGAUUAAGAAACUGCGUUAUUACGCUCGUUUUAUACUAGUAUGUCUUCUUCUAGGGAAAAUGAAAUUGGCAAAUGAAUUAAUAAGAGAAUUUUCUAAGCAAAUUGAUGAGUAUAUCGAUAUUUAUGACGCUGAUGAUCACUUGGGAUGGGUUACGGUGAUACAAGAAAUGAAAGAUUUCGUGGACGGCAACUCAAUCUGCGAAAUUGUUGACUGUGAUACACCACAAAUUUACACAUCAAAACGACUAAACGCUUUGAAUACUCCACAAAUAGACAGACAUGAAUUGGGUCAUCUACAGCUAUCCGAAGUACUGAUCAUUGGGAAUUGCUACGAUCAAAUCCGAUUUAGUGAAUUAUCAUUAGAUAUGUACCGUAUGCUGCAAACAUUCGAACGUGAUCCUAGAGGUCAGGUUUUGAACAGUCGCAAUUCUAGACUUAAUGUAGUAGACGGUUUGGAAAAUGGUGUUUCUUCAAGUUAUCCUCUUGAUUUGCCCGAAGUGACAAAUCCUCAUAAGUAUUUAUUAUACAAACCUACAUUUUCACAGUUCAACUCAUAUGUUGCUACGGCAUUCAAAGACCUUCCUGCUUCCGGUGCACUAUUAUUAUACAUAUCAGCGGAUGGUGUUCGGGCUCCCACUGCAAAAACCAACAAUGAAUUGAAUGUAGGAGCGGCUGGUUACGAUUAUGGAGGAGUUGUUACAAACAACCGACAUGAACAAGAAUACAGCGUUAAGCCAAAAAGACUAGAUUUCAAAGAACCUCACUGCAUCCAUCCUGGUGAUCUCCUACCCUACACACGUAGACCUCUGUUUGUUAUUGUUGACAGUGAUAAUAGUGCAACAUUUCGAAAUAUUCCUAAUCUCUUUGGACAACCAUUUGUAUGUCUUCUCUCACCUAAAGUUAUCCCGGAAAAAUUGGAAAGUCAACGACACCGAGGAAAUCUGUUCACAUUAUUCUUACAUUGUCCCUUAACUGCAUUUUGUCUAACGUGUAAUUUAACUAAAAUUACCCUAAAAACAUGGGAUCGAGCACAAAGUAUUAUAGAUUCUUUCCUCACUGAAUGCUAUCAAGUUCUGAUGCGUUCACGAAGCUUAGAUUAUUCUUAUCAACAGUUUCUUUCGGAUGAUUUCCUUCGAAUAAUAAUACUACGAUAUUGUUUCUGUAAUAUUGUUCUACAACUUCAUCGAAGUUUUCAUGGACCAUCUUUUUAUCCGUCGUGUUCCCCUUCACUUCCAGGAUCCGAAUUAAUUGAUUGUCGUGUAUUGCACAAACUGAUUACUGAGUUAGCAUCACUUUUUGACUGUCGAGCACUUUUUGCUACUGCAGAUGACUACACCAAAGAUUGAAAGGAUUGAAUCAAUCUCAGAUUAUUAUUCAAUACAUUUUCAAAAUAUUUGCCUUUAUGACUUAUUUCUUGUCUCUACUACUAAUACUAUUUUGUCACUAUAGUUGUUGGUAUUGAUGUGACAACUUCAUUUCAUUUAAAGAAAACACAACCUUACAAUUUAUUUAUUGUUCAAUCCAUUUAGUAAUAUAUAAAUCACAUUAUUAUUAGUUAUUGUUACCAACUAUGUUUACCAUUACUUCAUACUAUAAUUCAUCUCUCAGUUAUGUAAUGUUCAUCCUGCUUGUCACAAGAUCAAAACAACACGUACAAAAGAUAUGCAUUUUUCUUAAAAAAUAAGAUUAUUAUUCAUCUUUUGUUUUCUUUUUUCUAUUAGAAAUCAAAUAAAACAAGACCAAAGUUUUUAAUGUGGAUUUAUGAAUUUUGUAAAAAAUAACUUCACAAACAUCGUUUCUUUUUUCUGUACACAAACACGCACACACAAAAGAACUGAGAUUAUGAUAUUUGUUUUUCCUUCAUUUCGAUUUGUCGUAUUAUUCAAGACUGAAUAAGCCGACAUUAAGUUAUUAGUUAAGGUUUGAAUAUUUUGUUAUUUAAUGGUUGAUGAUGUAUUUAAUGGUCUACUGGCACCAGCUGCACAACUAAGAUACUCAACCCAUCUGCAAAAUAAGACAGUUACAACAAUAAAAAUUAGGCUUAAUAUUAAGAUUGUUAGGUAAAUCUACAAUUUUCCUGAAUAUUAUUGACGUAAACAAAACAUUACCAGUCGGCUUUUAUACUUUUUACUUUCCUCUUAUUGUAGCUGCAAUCAUUGUCUCAUAAUACUUCAUGGCCAUACUAUAUUCAUAGAGUGGUUUUUUCUCACCAUACAUGUUGGAAUACCAAUCAAUCAGGUAUUUUUAGUAAUUCCGUCAAAGAUUACUUAGACAUCUUCAGUGUAUAGACCUAAAUCUUGUACUCUGUAUAAGGUCCAGAGUUGAUCCCAUGGAAAACGCGUAUUUUUUAUGCAGAUUCUUCAAAAUCUAUAUUAAUUCGAAGUAAAGACAAGAUUUAUCUAGUCGCCCCUGAUGUAUUUGAUUGCGCCUGCUUACUUUACGGAUGACUUGAUUUAUUAUUUUAUAAAACUGUUCUUAAAUUUCCUGUAGUACAAACUGUAAAACAUAUGAACUAAGUUGUCAUCUAUUUAUUUCGAUAUUCAUUCUUUACUUUCAUGUGCAUGGUGGUUGUUAUUCCAUUAUUCUAGACGGCUCUACAUAGAACUCGACUGAAGUCAACGUAUGUAUCAUUGUUAUUACGAACAUUUUGGAGGGAAAAUAUCAAAGUAGUUUAAUUGAGGUGUUAUACUUUGCUAGCAAUACCUAACCAUAUGCCUCCUACCGUGCAGAAACAUUGUUAUAUUGAGUUAUUGUAGUGUUAGUGUACAGUCUGCUUCUUAUACAUUUGUGGAGAUGGUUAACAUAGACUUAUUGCAUUAAUAAUUUUUGUUGUUAUAUACACUUCAACAUUCCACUUUGUACAAUCAUUGUUAUUGACUACGAAAUCGUCGUUUAAAUUUAACCUUAAACUUCCUUAAUAAACUCUUUCUGUUUGCAUAACACACUGAUUGCUGUUUUCAAUAUACACCGCUAUACCAAACUUUAUUCUCAUAGAAUCAGCGGUCAUAUUGACAAAUAAUUUAUAUAAUUAUUGUAAACAUUUACAGAUCACGCUUUUUUCAUCACCGAAUUACUUAUAAUAUAUUUGAAUUAUAUGCUA